CGGGGAGAGGCGGAGCCGCGAGAGCGCGGCCCGGGCCGGCCCCGCGGGGCGGUCGCGGCCGUGACGGCGGCUCCGGGCCCGGCUCCCCUUCCGUACCCCUCCCGCCGGAGAUGAGGGGAAGAUGUCCGUGUCAGGGCUCAAGGCCGAGCUGAAGUUCCUGGCGUCCAUCUUCGACAAGAACCACGAGAGAUUCCGCAUCGUCAGUUGGAAGCUGGACGAGCUGCAUUGCCAGUUCCUGGUGCCGCCACCGGCGCCGCCGGGCAGCCCUCACUCCCCGCCGCCGCCGCUCACACUCCACUGCAACAUCACGGAAUCUUACCCAUCUUCUUCACCAAUAUGGUUUGUGGACUCUGAUGACCCAAAUCUGACAUCAGUUCUGGAACGUCUAGAAGACACUAAGAACAACAAUUCGCUUCGUCAGCAGUUGAAGUGGUUGAUAUGUGAACUCUGCAGAUUAUAUAACCUUCCUAAGCACCUGGAUGUUGAGAUGCUAGAUCAACCACUACCCACGGGUCAGAAUGGGACAGCAGAAGAAGUGACUUCAGAAGAGGAGGAAGAGGAGGAGAUGGCUGAAGAUAUAGAAGACUUAGAUCAUUAUGAGAUGAAGGAAGAAGAGCCUAUUAGUGGGAAAAAGUCAGAGGAUGAAGGAAUUGAAAAAGAAAAUUUGGCAAUAUUAGAGAAAAUUAGGAAGACUCAAAGACAAGACCAUCUAAAUGGUGCAGUGUCUGGGUCUGUACAAGCUUCAGAUAGACUUAUGAAAGAGCUCAGGGACAUAUACAGAUCACAGAGUUAUAAAACAGGGAUUUAUUCAGUGGAACUCAUAAAUGACAGUUUAUAUGACUGGCAUGUUAAACUGCAGAAGGUUGAUCCUGAUAGUCCUUUGCACAGUGAUCUUCAGAUCUUAAAAGAAAAAGAAGGCAUAGAAUAUAUUUUGCUUAACUUCUCUUUUAAGGAUAACUUUCCAUUUGAUCCUCCAUUUGUUCGAGUGGUGUUACCUGUUCUCUCAGGAGGGUACGUGUUGGGUGGUGGAGCAUUAUGCAUGGAACUACUCACAAAACAGGGCUGGAGCAGUGCCUAUUCAAUAGAAUCGGUCAUCAUGCAAAUCAAUGCCACCUUAGUCAAAGGCAAAGCCAGAGUGCAAUUUGGCGCAAAUAAGAAUCAAUAUAAUCUAGCAAGAGCCCAACAAUCCUAUAAUUCCAUUGUACAGAUACAUGAGAAAAAUGGCUGGUACACCCCUCCAAAGGAAGAUGGCUAAAUGUGUUGACUUUUGUAUGUUUGGACCAAUGUUGCUUUAAAGAAAAUCUUUCCAACAUGCAGACACAAGCUUUGAGUGCCCCUAUAACAGCAGUACCGAAGAUGUUAGCUAAUAGAUAUUUUAGUGGA